AUGGAGCAAAAUGUAAGAUUGAGUAAAUAUGAAGAGGAAGAGCUCAAAGAUCCAAGUGCUUACAGAAGGUUGAUUGGAAGGUUGUUUUAUUUGACUAUCAUUAGGCCAGACAUCACCUAUCCAGUUCAUAGGUUGAGUCAAUACAUGGCCAAGCCAAGGAAGCCACACCUGGAUGCAGUGCACAGAAUUCUACAGUAUGGCAUCUUGUUUUCAUCCAAGACAAAAUUACAUAUCAAGGGUUUUGCAGAUUUUGACUGGGCUUCUUGUCCUGAUACUAGGAGGUCUACAACAGGCUAUAGCAUAUUCAUUGGGGACUCUUUGGUUUCAUGGAAAUCAAAGAAGUAG